AUGGAUGAGAAAUUAACAACAAUAUCUACUUCUCCUGAUUCAAUAUUAUCAGAAUUUUCAUCGCAUGAUUCUAUUGGUAGCAAUAGUACUGUUUCUUCUUUAUCUACCAUGUCAGUACUUCCACCACUUCGUUCAUCAUUUACAAUGGCUAACAUCAAUAAUAUUACAAAUUUCAAUGACGAUCAGAGUUUUUUUCUCGAUGAUUUCAAUUCAGAACGAUUUUCUACAGUAUCCCGAUGGCAAUCGGAUGCCGAAAAUCUGAAUCUUCAGUCCAAUUCUUCAAUUCAACAACCAUCUUCAAAAUCGACUUAUCUUAUCAAUGAUUUUCUAACCAACAGAAAUAUGACUUCAUCAUCUAUAACUGAUGUAUUAAUCUCACCAAUGUCUCGUUUAUCGACAUCAUCAUCAAUUAUGUCAUUUAAUAGUAUUGGUAAUCAUAAAACGACUAAUCAACGAUCGUUUCGAUCAGAAUUUAAAAAUUCAACUGAACAAUUAACUAUGUCAAAUGGAAAUAUAUUUCCUUCGGCAUCUUCAUUCUUGCCAUUACCAACACCAUUAUCAAAUCGUCAAACACUUUCAUCCAUCGAAAAUAUUCCAUCAACUAUGGCAGAUAGUGAUCUUCAACGAGUACCACAUUCGUGGGUACUCAUGUCAUCAACAUUACCCAGUUAUGGUAUAGAGUCGGAUUAUUUACUUGUAAAAAAAAGAAAUAGUUUAAGUAUUAUAGAAACGGGUCCUAUUGUUCAACAACAACUACCGGCGCCACAACUAAUUCAUAGUGCAAAUCGAUCGAAUUCAAUGCCAUCCUGGCGUGGUUGUUUACCCAUGAAAUUCGAACCCAUGUUAAUGGAUCAAUAUCAAAUGACAAGUAAUUUCUCACAAAAAGUAUUUCUCGGUGGUAUUCCUACUGAACUUACUGAAGCUGAACUUUUACUUAUUUUACGAAAAUUUGGCAAAUGUAAUAUUAAAUGGCCAAAAAACGAUGGAAUCAGUCACAACAUGCCCGGUUUUUGUCAUGUAGUAUUUCGUGAAUCACGUUCUGUAUGUGAACUUCUUAAACAUUGUAUUCGACAACAACAUUCAACAAUUGAUUAUUUUCUUCAUAUUCAUAUGACAACAUCAUCAUCAUCAUCAUCAAUUGAUUUAUCUAUGCGUACAAAUCGAUUAAAACCAAUUCAAGUUGUACCAUGGAAUGUAAGAGAUAAUGUAUAUGUCAUGCAAAAAUUUGAUACAUCAAAUGGUGAUAUAAUAUUCAAAGAUUGGUCACGUACAAUAUUUAUAUCACCAUUACAUGGUAAAAUGACAGCAUUUAGUUUAGCUACAAUUAUGUCAAAUGUAUUUGGAUCAGUAUCAAUGGCUCAAAUAAAUACAGAUAAAUAUGGAUAUCCAACAGGUACUGGUACAGUAUUAUUUUCGGAUUCACAUAGUUAUAUGCGUGCAGUAGCUGCUAGUUCUAUUGAUAUUAAAUGUGAUUGUUUUCAUAAAUUGCUUGAUAUUGAUCCAUUUUUACGUGAAAAUGAACCUUGUGCAUUUUGUUCAGCAAUUGCUGAUUUAUUUUGUCGAAAUUUUCAUUGUUUAAGAUCUUAUUGUAAACAAUGUUGGGUAAAUAAACAUGGACCAAAACCACUUGCUGAUCAUCAACCAACAACACGACGACAACAACCGUUACCUCAUAUAUAA